CCGCCCUCGCCCCAAUUUCAAGCAGUUCUUCGACGACGUUCCACAUCAAUCAAUCCAUCAUCCGUGGGUGCCGGCAAAUGCAAGCAAUAAUGGUGUCCUCCCGUGCGCUCAUCGGCCUCCUCGCCGCCGCGUCCUCCCUCGCCGUCGCUCUCUCCGAUGGCGGCGCGACGUUGUUCAGCUACGGGGCGGGGAAGCCCGACGGGCCGGAGAACUGGGCGAAGCUGAGCCCGGCGUACAAGAUGUGCGGGCAAGGGAAGCAGCAGUCGCCGAUCGACAUCGUGACGAAGCAGGCCGUCCCCAACGCCAACCUCGACACCCUGAACCGCACCUACGCCGCCGUGCCCGCCACCCUCAUCAACGACGGCCACGACAUCAAGCUGGAGUUCGGCAGCAAAGUUGGGACGUUGACAGUGAACGGCAAGGUGUUCAGCCUCGAUUCGCUGCACUGGCACUCCCCCUCCGACCACACCAUCAACGGCCAGAGGUUCCCGCUGGAGCUCCACCUCGUCCACAAGAGCGCCGACGGCGCCGUCGCCGUCAUCGGCAUCCUCUACCAGCUCGGCGCCCCUGACUCUUUCUACUACCAGCUGAAGAGGCAGCUGGUGGAGGUGGCCGAGGACAAGUGCAACUCGGCGGAGGAGGAGUCGCAGGUGGAGGUGGCGCUGAUCCACCUGCGGUCGCUGCAGAAGCGCACGGGAAGCUACUUCCGGUACACGGGGUCCCUCACCGUGCCGCCCUGCACAGAGAACGUCGUCUGGAGCGUGCUGGGGAAGGUGAGGCAGAUCAGCAAGGAGCAGCUGCAGCUGCUCAAGGCGCCGCUGCCCGGGAACGACUACCGCCCCACGCAGCCCACCAACGGCAGGAAAGUCCAGUUCUACAACCCGCCAGGCAGCACCAUCUCAUUCCAGAUGUAAUGUAACCUAACUCGAUCGACAUCUAUAUAUAUAUCGUUCAUGUGAAAUACUAAUUAAAUAGAUAUAUGUAUGUGGACACGGUUGCUGCUCAUCAUUUGCCUAUAUAUUGGCGGUGUAAUAUUUGUGACAGUAGUGCUGAAUAGGUUUGAUUUCAUUCAUUUGUAACACGUCAAUGUAUGUAUAUCUAGUCUACGUACCUCUCAGUUUGCAUGAUCAAUGCAAGUGCUGAAUAUAUAGGUUUGCGUGCAUCUCA